AUGCCUGGAAUCAUCAUGGCGGAAGUCCAGCAACCGUCUCUACAACAAAGUCAACCACGCGCAAUCCCUGGACAGGACACUGCUUUGCAGAUAUCACCCCCAGCUCCCACAACAUUACCGCAGUCUGCCUCUACAAAUCGCAUUCGAAAUUCGCAUCUCGCUCUAGAUACCUUUUCUCCCGUGAACCAGAAUGGAAGCUUCGAAUUUGAUCGUGUAUUGAAGAGUGGUUAUUUGCAGAAACGAACGAGGAAAACAAAGGCAUGGAAACCCGUAUUUCUCGUCCUGAGACCAAACUACCUCUCAAUCUACAAAGAUCAAAAUGAAGAUAAACUUCGUCACAAGAUUCACCUCUCCGAUCUAACAGCCGUCGCCUUUCUCAAGGAUCCCAAACAAAAACGGCGCAAUGUCUUCGGUCUCUUCACUCCCGCUCGCAACUAUCAUCUGGAAGCCACCACCAAAGGCGACGCCGAACAAUGGGUCGAUCUCAUCCGCAAAGAAGCACGAAUCGACGAAGAAGAAGAGGAAGAAAUGUUACUCGCCAGUCCGUCCGGUAACGUAAAUAGUACCUACCCGGGCUUCGAUCAAAGCAUGGCGCACGAACAACUCCAACGCAGAACCGAAGCCCAAAUCCUGCACGACGAAAGACUAGGAAGUAGUUCCCCGGAACCCACAGAACCCAUCAUCCCCCGCGCGAGCAAGAAACAAAACAUGUCGGCCAUGGGAGGAGGAAGACGUCCCUCCAACACCAUUGAAUAUUCCGGCAACGAACUCGUCUCCGACGCCGAAUUCUCAGAUACUGAUCUGGCGCGUGUCCCCGGAAUGUCGACGCUUUCUCUCACUCUGCACAAUCCUCCUCCGAAUCCCAAUCCCAAUCCUGAUCUCGAAGUUAAACCUCCCGCGACCACUCUCCCCCUCGGUCGCAAUACAUCGCAGUUAUCCCUCUCGCACCCUAAUCCCCUCCCCGAACACGACCCCGAACGUGUAGUAUACCAAGGAUACCUCCUCUAUCUGCGCUCGAAAAAUGGGAUUCGCUCUUGGAAAAAUCUCUGGGUUGUGCUUCGGCCGCGCUCAUUGUCGUUCUACAAAAAUGACUCGGAAUACUCGCCCGUCAUGAUUUUACCCAUGGAAAAUGUAAUUAAUGUGGUGGAGAUCGAUCCGUUGAGUAGGACGAAACGAUACUGUUUUCAAGUGAUUGGGGAGGAGAAGAGUUUUAAGUUCUGUGCGGGAAGCGAGGGGGCGUUGGUUAAUGUGUUGGGAGCGUGUAAGAGUUUAUUGGCGAGGAGGAAGGGAGGCGUGGGUGCUUGA